GGCAUCUGUCUGUGUGGCCACGGUUUCCUGUGCUGUGGAGCAGUUGCUGCUGCUGGGCGAUGAUGAACUGAGAGCUUUGGCGACCUGGAGAAGGACAUCAUGAAGGCCGUGACCUAUGAUGAUGUGCAUAUCAACUUCACUCAGGAAGAGUGGGAUUUGCUGGAUCCUUCCCAGAAGAAUCUCUACAAAGAUGUGAUGCUGGAGACCUACAGGAACCUCACUACUAUAGGAUGCAUUUGGGAAGACCAUAAUACUGAAGAACAUUAUCCAUGUUCUAGAAGACAUGAAAGGAUUGAAAGAAUUCAAACUGGACAAAAACUUUCAGUAGAUAUUCAACGUGGUGGACCCUUGACACAUGUCAGUCACCUUAAAUGGAAAGAAAGAACACAUACUGGAGUGAAACUCUAUGCAUGUAAUCAGUGUAGUAAGGCCUUUGCAGCUCACAGUACUCUUCAAACCCAUAAAAGAACACAUACUAGAAAGGAAGCAUAUGAAUGUACUCAGUGUGGUAAGGCCUUUGCAUGGUACAGUGCUCUUCAGUACCAUGGAAGAACACAUACUGGUGAGAAACCCUAUGAAUGUAAUCAGUGUGGUAAGGCCUUUGCACGGUACAGUGGUCUUCAAUACCAUGGAAGAACACAUACUGGUGAGAAACCCUAUGAAUGUAAUCAGUGUGGUAAGGCCUAUGCACGGUACAGUGGUCUUCAAUACCAUGGAAGAACACAUACUGGUGAGAAACCCUAUGAAUGUAAUCAGUGUGGCAAGGCCUUUGCAACUCACAGUCAUCUUCAAACCCAUCAAAGAACACAUACAGGAGAGAAACCAUAUGAAUGUAAUCAGUGUGGUAAGGCCUUUGCAGCUAAGAGUAAUCUUCAAACCCAUCAAAGAACACAUAUUGGAGAGAAACCAUAUGAAUGUAAUCAGUGUGGUAAGGCCUUUGCAGCUAAGAGUCAUCUUCAAACCCAUCAAAGAACACAUAUUGGAGAGAAACCAUAUGAAUGUAAUCAAUGUGGUAAGGCCUUUGCAGUUAAAGGAGCUCUUCAAAAACAUCAAAGAACACAUACUGGAGAGAAACCCUAUGAAUGUAAUCAGUGUGGUAAGGCCUUUGCAAGGUACAACGCUCUUCAAUACCAUGGAAGAACACAUACUGGAGAGAAACCCUAUGAAUGUAAUCAGUGUGGCAAGGCCUUUGCAGUUAAGAGUAAUCUUCAAAACCAUAAAAGAACACAUACUGGAGAGAAACCUUAUGAAUGUACUCAGUGUGGUAAGGCCUUUGCAACAAACAGUCAUCUUAAAACCCAUAAGAGAACACAUACUGGACAUAAACCUUAUGAAUGUAAUCAGUGUGGUAAGGCCUUUGCAACAAACGGUCAUCUUCAAAGGCAUAAAAGAACACAUACUGGUGAGAAACCCUAUGAAUGUAAUCAGUGUGGUAAGGCCUUUGCACAGUGCAGUGCUCUUCAGUACCAUAAAAGAACACACACUGGAGAAAAACCCUAUGAAUGUAAUCAGUGUGGUAAGGCCUUUGCAGCUUACAGUCAUCUUAAAAGGCAUAAAAAUUCUCACCCUAGAUAGAAACUCUUUGAAUUCAUUCAGUGUGGGAAGGCCUUUGUAUGUAGCACAUAAUCAACUUCAAAGUCAUAAAAGUACACAUACUGGAGAGAAACCCUAUGAAUACAACCAGUGUGGUAGGCAUUUGCAGCUCACAGUGAUCUUAAAAGGCAUAAAAAUAUCUCACUGUAGACAGAAACUCUUUGAAUGUAAUCAGUGUGGUAAGGGCUUUGAACAACACAGUGAUCUUCCAAGGCAUAAAAGAACAUACAAAAGAGAAAAACCCCAUUGAUGUAUUCAGUGUGGUAAAGACUUUGCAGAUCACAGUAAUGUUCAGGGGCUUAAAAGAGUAAGAAUCAUUAUGAAUGUAAUCAGUAUGAUAAAGCCUUCUUAUGUCUUAUUCAUCAUUAAAUGCAUAAAAGUACAUAUACAGGAGAAAAACCAUGAUUGAAAUCUAUGUGGUAAAUCCUUUGGCACAAUAAACCAUACAGGAGAGAAAGUAUGAAUUUAAUGACUGUAGGCUUCAAAAACAUAAAAAUAUCAUAGUGCAGUGAAACUCUAUGAAUAAAUUCAGUUUGGUAAUGUUUUAUAAUUUAUAUAGGAACAAAACUUUUUAUGUGUAAUCAAUUUGUUAAAGCUCUUGAAAAUUAUAAUAGCCUUUGGGUACCUGAAGAAGAACCUGAGGGCAUAUUCUAAAUUAUUUUUCAAAAUCCUAUGCAAAUACAUUUACAGUCUGAUAACUAACAUCAUUCUUAUGAUACCUUUUAUAUGUGCACCAGCAAACUAAUGGACAAAACAUAAUUUUUAUAAUUCUUGAAUUUAUGAAGACCUAUGGGCAGGAGAAAGGGCCAGUCAAAAACUCACGCCCUGGUACUGAAAUGAGAUCCGAAGGAAAACACUUUGUGCCUGAAUCUAGAGCUGGAUAUAGAGACAACAUCACCCUGAAGACAGAGCCAAAAAGUUAAAAAAAAAAAAAAAAAAAGAGCCAGUGAAGGAAACACACUUUGGCUCUCAAAUCAGAACCAAAAAAACACACUCUACCCUUGUUAAACAGAGCACAAAACCAAUGAAUCUCCGCGCACUAAAUCCAGCCCAACUCUCAGGUUGUUCAAAAUCAGGGAUUGAAAUCUGACCAGUUCCCACCUUCAAAAUCUCCUUAGAAGAGAUCUGGUUUUAAGAAGCCCUAUAUGUGCCAUAUGCUCAUUCAGUUGGCAGCUGUCCCUUUCCACCGUAGCAGAGGCAGUCACUCUCUUCCCUCCCAAAUAAAGCUCUUGAUUGUGAUUUCUGUGAAGAACUUCUUUCACUGGAAUGGAUCAGAAACUCCCUAGUGGAAUUGAACUAAGAUGUAAUUGAUACUUCUACUUGGAAACUCAUUUAACCCAGAGGAGCACAGAAGCAAUGGAUACCUCUUUUGAGGCACUUCAUUAGGGGACUGGAGCAGAUCAGUAACAGACAUUUGUGCUGGGAAACUCUCUUAGAAGAAUGGAGCUGAUCCCAGCUGUGAUGGCUCUCUCUCAGAGAGGAACAUUAUUGCCUCAUCUAGUGGGGUGCCUUUCUCUUCACAACUGUAGGUGUUUCCUGAUGUCAGGCAGUAAGGGUACCUUUCCCUCCAGAACUGUAUCUCUUGUGCUUUGAAUUUGAAUGGUAAUGGAACCCUUUUAGAUUUUAUACUUCUCUUCAAUUGCAAGGCAUACAUAAUUUAGGUACAACUAUUUAUGGAUGUGUACUGUGGUGUUUUAGUUGUGAUAUAAUCUCUAUUUCAAUGUAUAAAUGCAUUUAAUUUGGCCCUUGGUCCUAAACGAUAAAAGGAUUACCAUGAAAGUUCCAUGGCAAAAAUUGUCAGACAUGGCACCUGAAGCAGGAGCCUGUGAACUCACAUCCUUAAUCUUCCUCAUGAUGCAUAGAGUGGGAACUGGAACUGGUGUAUGGAUGUAAAUUCUCAUAGCCUACUCUCAGUGACAUAUUUCCUUCAGCAUGUCCUAAAUCUUCCCAAAUGAUACCAUCAAUUUAGAAGGACGAAUUUCUCUUACUUCAAGCUUAAAUUUGCUUUCUCUUUACAUGAAUCAAUUCAUGAAGAAAAACUCUGUAAGUGAGCAGUCAGAUGCCUCGACUCCUCUUUUACAGUAAUGAAUGCUUACAGGAGAAAAAUGUUCAUAAGUGAAAACUUAUUUGAUUAAAAAGUUAUUUUAGGUGUAAUUAUGUGGUGUGUGUGUGUAUGUGUGUGUGUGUGUGUGUAUUUGAAUGUGAAUUCUGUAUCCUGAGAAAAUUAAGAAUUUUAAUCUUCUUCUAGCAGGAAUUAGAGCAAGCUGUUAAAAAUCUGACCUUAUUUUGGGAAUGAACAUUUCUUAGUCACGUAACCAUAACUCUAGUGUUUUAAAUGUUUUAAAUUCUAUUUAGAUCACUUUUAAGUCUAAAAUUGGAACAAAUACAUAAAGAAGAAAUUCCUGUUCACAACAAAAAAAUUGUUAAUGUCUUUAAACAUCACAGAUUUCUUUAGGUUCAAGAAAAAUUAUUUGCAUCAUAAUCUUGCAGGAAAUAAAUUAUGUAUUAUGUUUAGUCAAGAGUGAUGGAGGAGAUAAUUGCAUUUUGGUUUCUCUUUUGAAACAUUUGAGGUAGUUACUAGAGUGUGCUGUAUGUGUGGCAAACUCACUUAGUGAAGUUUAUUUUGUAGACCUUAUAUUCCUUCUAUGACAUUUGUUCCCCUUCUGUUGUGCCUGUACCUUGUGAUAGGUUUUUUCUUCUGUAAUGUAUAUAAUGGAGCCCCUAUCAUAUAACUUUCCCACUGGUUAUUGAAAUAUCAGGCCAUGUUUGAUCUCACUUUUCACAUAAGGGUAGUGGAUUGUGUUUCUAGUUUUGAUUUUCAUCUUUCCACAAAUUUCCUUGAAAUUUUGUUGUUUAAUAUACAUCUUACCUUGGAUGUCAGUAAUGAUUCAGGGAUACGUUUGAACUCAUGAUGCUCAUUUGUCUUACUCUUGAGUACAAAUCCAGGGUAAAUGAUGAACACCCAUUGUACUGUGUUUUUGAGAGAUUUUAACAAUGUUAAUGUUAAAAUGACUGAUAAAAAAUUAUAAGAAACUUUAAAUACCUCAUGUGUGUAUUCAAUGAAGUAUUUUCAUUUAUCUGAUAUGGAUGUAAUAAUUUAUGAAAAUCAGCAAACAUCUGUAUAUGUAAUACAAUAGCUUGAUGUUCCAUAGGAAUUGAGGUAAGGUUUCUG